AUGAGCCCAAUGGCUGUUGAGGAAGUGUUUAAAGGCGCUACGCCCGAUUACGCAGGGGCCGCGGGUGUGCCGAGUGUAAAAUCCUUACCAGGAAGCGAUAUUGCGGCCAAGCUGGCUAGGAUUUCUUCUCGCCUGGACUCGAUGGAGAAAGAACACCAAGGGCCUGGCAAGUAUCGUACUGAAGGCCAAGUGGUGCCAUCUCGACAUAUGUAUGUAGGUGGAUUUGGGUCGAUGGGGCACGCUCCGCGACCAGACGCGAAAGUGGACCUUGGAAUUGGUGGACAAACAUCAAGUUUAUUUGCUAAGCGUAGUGAAGUUUAUGGUAUAAGUACCCGCGCGUGGCAAGAGCAGGCUCAAGCGAAGUAUCGUCAGGACCUCGCAAACGAACGUCAGCGUAUGCAGCACCAAUUUCAGCAUGAAAUGCAUUUAGGGGCUGCUGAAUUGUACCAAGGGGCAGAGGAGCUUCGAGAAGAGCUUAGGCGCCAAAAGGAGAUGAAUGUGCGCCUACAAGAACAGCUAAAUUUACGUGCUGAAGAUCGUCCUAUGGGAUUACAUGAUGUGGGCGAAUUGGACCCCAACUAUGUCAAGGUCCCAAAUUCAAGUGAAGGCAAGAUAAGCAUUGAGCCGUUCUAUGGAUCCGAGGUAUACAAGGGCCUCGGAGCUGGAUUUAUUCAAUGGGGUCAGCUAUUUCUAGUAAAGAUUGACUUGGCUGAACGAGCGUGUGGUUUUCGUUGGCCGGAGGAGUAUAAGGUAUCUCGAUUUGGAGAUUUUCUUCUCGGAAAAGCUGCGAGAUAUUUUAAUCAGCGUGUACAAAGCUGGUGGAAAAUGUCACCGUCGCUUGGAUUUGUUAUGAACAAGAUGGUGGAUGCAUAUCGCAUUGAAGCGACAAAUUCUGGAGAAGAAUUAAAUUUGGAUAACAUUGUGAAGUACGCACAACCCGAGUCUCAAGCACUGAUUAUUGGGCAAUACAGCCGGUAUCACACAGACUACUUGACUCACGCUGAAGAAAUUGUUUCGUUCAUCCAAGGACUGGAAGAUGAAACAGUGCGUGAUAGACACACUGGUCGUGAGCUUGUGAAUGCCGUAACGGAUACGAGACGAUGUCACAAGUGCAAUCAAAUUGGUCACAUCGCGCGCCAUUGCAGAAAUAAAAGAGGAAGAAAUGAGGCUAAAUCCAAGAAAAGCGUUACACCAAGUGAAGGAAACAAAUGGGCAUUUGCUGCAACCGAUUGUGAUGAUUUGAAUGACGAUGAUUGGAUUCUUGACACUGGUGCAAGCUGUCAUUUAGUUCGUGAUGUGUCAAUGUUGAGCAAGGUUGAACGCUGUGCAAACAGUGAAGUGGUUCAACAACCGGAUAACACACAAUUGCAAGUUACCCAAAGUGGUAGAGCGCGCUUGCACGCAUCUGUUGAUGGGGUAGACACUGAGAUUGAGUUGUCGUGUGCUUAUAAUUCGCCGCAACUGACAAGAAUUUUGGUUUCUUACGGACGACUGGCAGACCAUGGGUGUUUACUAGGGCAGUCAAAUGGAAGACAUGCUUUCUUCAAGAAUGAGGCUGUGGGUUUUUACGUAACGAUGAAGAAUCACGUGAUGGUUGUGGACCGAGCUAUGGGCAUCAAGAAAAUUUUUGGCUUCGACGAUAUUGUAAUGAGCGCGGUAGCUACCGUUAAUUCUAAGCAGUUGGUGCAGAAGUACAUAAAUGUACUUCCACAAGCGCUUUGGUCAUCUGAAUUAUGA